AUGACAUUCGACGCUUUAUCCCCUCGGGAGGUGACCGAGAUGGUCUCCAAUGCCGGAGUCCUCAAGGGCAAUAUGCGUUUGGACAAGGUGUUCAUGAGCGCUGUCUCGGCAGGCGCUUUGCUUGCCUUUGCAUGUGGAACUGCACUCAGCACCAAUGCGACUCCCUGGUUCCAAACCAAUGCCCCGGGCUUGAUGCGAACUAUCAGCGCAUUGGUCUUCCCCUAUGGCUUGUGCAUGAUCUUGUUGACAGGAGCAGAUCUCUGCACCGGGUCUUUCAUGUUCACAACAACAGCUGCUCUCCACAGACGCCUCCCCUGGACAAAGAUGUUGAUCCAUUGGGUAGUCACUUUCCUUGGAAACCUAGCUGGCUCGCUAUUCGUCGUGUCAAUCAUCUUCGGCUAUGGCAACGUCUUCUCAGCAGAUCCCUUCAAAUCAGCUGUAAUCUCAUUCGCGACCAAAAAGCAAGUCACCCCGGAGUUUCACAUGAUCUUCUUGCGUGGCAUCGGUUGCAACUGGCUCGUGUGCCUCGCCUGUUUCUUUGGCCUGCAAGGACGAGACCUGGCUUCGAAAGUCAUUGGCAUCUGGUGGCCUACUUUUGCAUUUGUUUCUCUCGGGUUCGACCACGUUGUGGCCAAUAUGACCUUUAUUCCCAUGGCGAUUUGGCUCGGGGCACCGGAUAUCAGUGUCGGUCUGUAUAUCUGGAAAGGGAUAAUUCCAACCCUUCUCGGAAACGUGGUUGGUGGCGGUGUGUUUUGUGGAACUUACUACUGGUACAUGUACUUGCUGGACUUAAAUUCUUUGCCUUUGUAUGGUAAGAAGCGCUUUGAUAGCCCACUGCAGUCGGAGCAGGCGACUCUGAAGGAGACUGAUGUGGAGGCAUCGGCUGGCGUGGUAGAUCAGAACAUACACACGCGCGCGUAG